AUGACCACCUCAGAUAGUGGUCAUGCCUCAGAAGGCAUUGUUAAAGAUGUGGGAGAUAGAGAGGUCCAACCGAAAUCUAGAACCACAAAUACCUUCCGAUGGACGCUCGGAUUGGUGGUGCGGCUUUGUAUUUGGUAUAUACUGCUCGCCCCAUUUUUCCGAUGCCCGGCUCAAUUUUCGGAUUUGAACGAGUCCUCUCCACGAGUCUGCAAGCCGUAUCUCGUCGCCCGCUCUUAUGUUGAGCCUCACGUUCUUCCAUACUACAACACCUACGGCGCGCCUUACUAUGAGAAAGCCCGUCCGUAUGUGGUGGUGCUCAACGAAAAGGUUUAUACCCCUGCCGCGAAUGUCGCUAAAUUUAGCUACGAUAAAUAUGGCGCACCUGCUUUGGACCAGGCUCAUGCGUACGGAUCCAAGCAGUGGGAAAAGCAAGUUGCCCCUCUUCUACAGUCCGCAAAAGAUGUGGUGUCGCCAUACUAUCAGAAGGCAAACUCCGCCUUUGAAUCGACAUGUGUUGGCUAUAUUCAGCCGUUCCUGGCUCGGACAAGACCCUUUAUUGGAAAAACGUAUACAUCUGGUCAAGAUGUUCUAACAACCACGGUCAUGCCCUACGCUCAAACGUCAUGGUCAUCCAUUGUCUAUUUUUUGAACAGCUGGCUCUGGCCACAAGUUACCGGUCUUUACUCGGAGAAUGUUGAACCUCAAUUAGUUAAAAUCGGGCAGAGACUAGCCAGCUAUCGUGAAGGAAAGCAGCUGCGAAAUGUUGUGGAUGAGGUUGACAACUCUCCGGAACAACAGGUUAAUGUUGUUCCUACGUCACAAGAAGCCAGCAAAACCGAAUAUUCUUCCACAAGUUCUACAACGGUAGUUUCAUCUGCAUCUCGCGCAUUGUCCCCUACAGAAUUGGCAGCACAAACUCGCGAGAAGAUCGAGUCAGACCUGCGGACCUGGCAGGAAAAGUUUUCUGUGGCUGCUGAUAAAGGUAUUGAAGAUCUUGAAGAGCGCCUAUAUGAACUCGUUGGGGGUUAUGUAAAUGGCGGCGCGAAGAAUCAUGGGGAGAGUCUUGUAACGGCUCUAGACGCUGCUGUGGAACACGAACUCUCGACUAUCAAGCUUCGUAUAGGCGAGCUGACUGAGGCUUUGCCUAGUGAAUAUUCUCCUGCGGAGCAAACGGCGCAAAGUGAGCUUCUUAACGACAUCAGACAAGCCGCAGUCGUUAUUAGGGAUCGCGCUCAUGCUAUCCGAGAAUGGCACAGUUCAUUUGAUCAGGAGUUAGUGCACCGUGUCUCUGCAACAGUAAAUUCUACCCUAGAUGUGCUUGACAGUGUCCGUGACCUGGGGCUUCAGGAAAUAGGAAUGCGCUGGGCUUGGAUGGAUGGCGUUACCUACAAAGAUUGGGCCAGGUAUCAUGCACUGAAAGCACAGUUUGAAGAUUGGAAGGAUAAAUUCCGGGAGGUCGGCAUGCGUCAUCCAAAAUUGGAAGAUGCCAGGGCACUCUCAGAUGAUAUCCUAUCUCGUGGAAUGGAUGCCGCCGAAGCUGCUGCGAAAGAACUUGCCAGGCUGAAAGAUGUCGGUAGAUGGAAGAUUGCGGCCCGGGAAGUAAGUGACAACUUCGAUACUAGGUCUGGCUCUCCACCUCCACGACCGAUGCCUAGUGAACCCGCUUUCCAAGAGCAUACCUCAGAUGCAGACUCUGCAAAUCACGAAGCUUCAGUACACCAUGAAGCAGACAACGCCAGCUCGGCGGCACAGGAUACUGCGGAGUCCGAAGACCAAGCGCUGGGUCUUGACGAUGCACCUCUAGAACAUGAACAGGCCACUUCGGAGGGCGGGGAAUCUUCGAGCGAAAAACUAGAGCCUUCUGAAGCUCGUGCGGAAUCCGAUGGCCAUACAGAGACCGGUCAAUUCACAGCGCAGGAAGCUGAUAGGGAGGAAGACACCUCGAGACCAACUUGGGGUGUAGCUGCAGCUGAAGCUAUACAAGGCGUACAAGAAUUUGAGGAAGCGCCAGAGAAUAUUUACAGUGCUUUAAAUAGUGCUCGUGAAAACUAUGCGGAUGUUGAAAGGUCAGCUAAAGAGGGCUCAUCUCGGUCGUUUGAGCAGGCGGCUCACGAGCAACUUGAUGAUACUCAAAACCUUCAUAAGCUGCAAGCGCCAAGCUCCUCGAGCAUUCAUUACAAAGCUAUUGAAAAUCUUGUCUCCGAGCUACUCGCUGGGAAAGAUCCUUCUUUCGCUCAGGACGUGAUGGACAAAUUACACGCUAUUUAUGGAAACUCACACACCGCGUUCGAACCACAAAGAGAUAUUGUAGCAAACGAUAAGACCGCUUCCAUUCCAUCCUCAUCGGCUACAAGCCCCGUUGGUGAAGACCCCGUGAAGAAUAGCUAUGAACAACCUGACGUUGCUACUCCUGUUGCGGAGUCUACGAUUAACAGUGCUGUUUACACCCCAAGUGAGCUUCCUUUUCCAUUGGAAAGUACACAGGAACAGGAGGAAAACGACUUGAUUCUGGACUCCACCGAGACUGCUGCAUAUCGUAUGCAGAACUCGGACGACAGCCUUGAAGAGACACCUGCUAAGGACGAUCUAUGA